AUGGCUAUGAUAUUCACAGGAAUUUUAUUUCAGAACUGUGCUGCAUGUGUGUCUUCCAAAAAUAAUACAACAAUUUACGCUUGUGUUGGAGAAAACGUUACAUUAUCAUGUCCACCAGCUGGUGUGAAUAAAACUGUUAGUUGGUUCAGGAAAAAUGUGUCCAAGAAUCCUAUAACAACGUUGUAUGGAGGAACUAAAGGAAAAGGCGCCAAUUUGCAACCAAAUACUGAGGUCAAUGUUAAUAUUGAAAAAGGAGAAUUUAAUUUGACGAUAAUGAAUUUAACUAAAGCUGAUAAUGGAACCUAUCAAUGCUUGCAUGACAUGAAUUUUACUUCGUGGCUGUUUCAUCUUACGAUAGAAGAUUAUGAAUACAACAACUCUGGCAGUCAAAGCGAAGGAAACAAUAUUUCUUGUACAAGUAAUGUUUCUGAAUACAAAACAGGUGAAGGUGUAUUUAUAAUUGAUACGAAUAUACAGGAAAAUGAUGAUGAAGUGCUGAACUUGAUGUGGUGGUAUGUAAUGUGCUGUGGAUUAAUAGCAGCUGCAAUAGCAAUAUUAUCUUACAACAAUCCGACAUUUCAUAAAGGGCUGAGCGGGGGCAGUACAUCAAGAAAGGAAGUCAUAGUGGUUUAAGUUGAAAAUCUGCCUUAAAGACUAUUCAACAAUAUUUUUUGAAUGUUAAAACAGAAACCAGAAAAUAGAACUAAAGGAUGAACAUAAACCGUAUC